AAAAAACAGAAAAUAGAACAUGGCGGAGGCAGAGCGGCAAAGGAUCUUUUCCGAGCGGGCAAGAAAUGGUCUUUCGUACAAAUCAAGCCCAUUGUUAGGCUCAGCUAGAAAGUAUCAAGCUUCGGAGAAAAGUUCAUUGUCAGAGAGCUUUGAAGGACCAAAAUGUUACGGUUCUACGCGAAACCCACUUCAACCGCAGUGCGAUGUAAAAUGGAUAGGACAUGUGUUAGAGGAAACAGACACGUUACAAGGGGUGGCGAUAAAAUACGGCGUGACGGUAAGAAAAGGCGUUGGAAAAAUAUAUAUCUUAUGUGCUUUUCCUUUUAUUGUAAAAUUGUUUUUAAGGGUAAAUAGCCUCUUCAUUACACGGAAUACGCAAUUAAUGUUGUGUUAUGCUAGUAUUCGACUGUGCUAUUGUAUUCGGAUUGUGUAAGAUUUCCAGCAUUCUCGAGUUUCAUCCCCGUUACAUAACCUUGAUUUUGUUUUAAGUUAACUGAGAAUGCUGUUUAUAUAUGCUCACGAAGAUAACAGUUUCAUGAUCAGGAAAAAGAUUUUUCCGUUUUCGGUUUAGGUUUAAUACAUACAUGUGGACGCCUGAUAAAAAUAAUUGCUUUGGGAAUCGUGCUUUGGUCUUGGAAAUUCAUUGGUUGGUGGUCACUCAAGCAAAGCAUUGUAUUGUAUUCUGCGUUUCAAUGACCAAAUCACAAAGCAACCUUUAUUGAAAUAGGUGUAUACAGCGGGCGGACAUAGCUGUAAACAUCCUCCAUAACAUCAUAAAUAAUGAUCUGUCUUGUGACAGUGUAAGACAAACAAUCUGAUUCAUGUGAGGCUGAAAUAGAGAGACUUAGUUGUCUAAUGGAUGGAUAGUUUUCACUGCCAUGCAGUAAAAUAUUCAAAACCAUGCUAUGAAUGUAGAAAGCUAUCUGUCCCCUGGAAUUUGACAAAAACAUUAUUUGAAUUAGCUUGCGAAUACAGCAGUCUGCUCUUGCUCGUUGCCACAAGGGAUGUUUCACAGGAGAGACACCUGCACCUCAACAACAGAAAUUCCAUGCUGAUGUAGCAAAGAGCGAGGAGAGACGGUUGUAUUCGCAGGCUACAAAUAAAUUGAAUCUAGCUGAGCCAUUUUCUGUCAAGAGUCCCAAUGAGGUUUUUUGGGAUGUGGAUUUGCUUUAUUUGAAUGCCAGGAUUCAGGAUUUAAAAGCAAAAUGGGGUCCAGAUUUGGAAUUGACGGUAUGCACAUGAUGCAGAAUGCCAGAAAGAAACAUCAGGAUUACAGGUUUGAGGGCAAAUUGGGGCCAGAGUAUAGGAUUUUAUCUCGAACAAAAAGUGGGAAGAGUCUUUUACGAAAAGUUCUCAUCUUUUCGUGUUGGAGCUCUUGGGGUCGGAGUAAGCAAAAAAACAUAGAACAAUCAACGUUUUAAACAUUGCAACCCAAAUGUUUAAGCUGAUAACCUUACAUCAAAACAACAAAGACAUAUUUGCAAACUUGAUGGCAAAGAAGCUAAAAGUUUAGCUGAAUAAAAAGCGUAACAAAUUUUACACUGUUGUACUAUAAUUCUACCGUAGUUUUAUAACUGAAUUAGUAUUCACUUUCUUUUUUUAAAUUACCAAAACCACUUUGAAUUUUUUGUGAGUGGUUAAAAGUUCCUGUUCAAAAAUUCUGGAAAUUCCUGGGGGAAGGGGGGGGGGGGUCAUCAAAGACCCCCUGGAAUGGAAAAUCCUGGGGGUGGGGCAGUGUAAAUCAAAAAGUCUUCCAUGGUGGGGGUAUGGAUAUUUUCUGGAAUCACACAUUAGAAUUUCCUUGCCAAAUUACUGUUUACUGUACUUGAUUUUUGGCACUUUUCUCUGACCAUGAAAGUGGUCAUUAAUGCCAUUACUAGUGACGGGGGGUGGGAGGGGACGUAAUUCUCUUCAGGUCAUUGAGGUAUGCUGAAGUGUCUCUGUUACAGGUCGAAAUUACAUUUAGGUUAAAAAUUUUUUAACCAAGGUUAAUUCUCAAUUUUCUUUGUCUCCUAGCCCUAAUUCAUAAAUAAUCAGGUCUAGGAGAUAAAGGAAUAGAGAAUCAAACUGAGUUAAACAUUCCAACCUGAAUAUAAUUUUGACCUAUAACAUCUUCUCCAAGUCCUGUCUCUAAGGCUACUUGGCUCAAAAGUAGUGAGCGCAUCUGGAAUUUACCUUACUUUUCAAAAUGAUUCAGUAUCUCUACUGAACUUAUAAGCAUUUACUUUAAGCACUUCUCCUGAUGCUUUUUCUACUAAGAUGGCAAAGAAACUCACAAGACAAACAGGCUUGUUCCUUUGUUAAAAUGUUCUGUUUGUGCUGUUAGAACCAAGAAUAAUACUGCCUUAUGAGAAGAUAAAAAUUUGGGCCUUUACAUAGUGAUGGCUGUUAUGGGUUUUUUUAAAAAAUCCAAUGAUCCACGGUGCAAAUGAUCUAUUGGGAGAAAUUUAGAGGUGUGCUAGGGCAAGCUCUUCAAGAACGAUGUCUAAAUUUGUUGCAUAGUCAAUUGCUGUAGUGAUAUUUAUUAGUGCAGCAAGACUUCUAUAGGAAAAAUUGUUCUUGGUCUUGUAGGUUUUGUUAAUUAAACUGGUGAUCUCUGGAACCCGGCCAAGGAGCAUUAAGUGACAUUAUUAUGCCCUGGUUGAGGAAUCAACAAUGUUGUAAUGCUAGCUUUCCCAUGAAUAGUCAAGAAAGUGGAAACAUUGGUUUAACAUUUUUGUCAAAUCAUUUUAGUUGAUGGCUUAGACUAACCUAAAACCAUCUAAAAAGAUCGUCUUCUCAUUCUGUAUGGUACUGGUUUAUAUUGGCAUCAAAAAACAUGGUUUUUUUCACUUUGUAAAGUGAAAAAAAUUUCUCCAAAUUGAAGCAUCAAAAAUCUGACUUCUUCUGACUUGUACAUAACAUGGAGAUGGGCUCAUUAGGAGAAGAAAAAUUGGCAAAAAUUACUGAUAUUGGAGUUUUAAAAAUGCCAAGUUAAUUGAAAGAUAGUUUCUCUUUGACUCAAGUUUCAUUUACCAGAUAUAAUUUUCCUUUGUGAUCCCAUUUUUUAGGUUGAUCAGUAUGCUAAUGUUACAUUUGUGCAUCAUGAGAUAAAUGAAUUAUUCGAAGUAAAAAAAAAAAGAUGUCAAAUGUAAAUUAUAAUCUUAAUAUAAUGUGUACAUGCAUGUGUGUAUACAUGGGAGGCAUGAACAAAAAAAAAUUGGGAGAGAUUUUUUAUACCUGUUAAAUGGUAUACAAAAUGUCUUCUAGGGGUAUACUUCAAUGUGUAUAAACAGCCUUUAGCAAUUGCAUAAAUGUAGAAAAAACUUUUCCUAAUUUUUCUUUCAUGAAUGUUAAUUUUUGUUAGGUUGAACAGCUGAGGAGAGCAAAUAAAAUUUGGACAAAUGACAACAUACACCUCUUAAAAAUCCUGAAGGUUCCAGUGAGGAAAAAUUCCCCACACUAUGUAGAAGAACUAGAAGUUUCAGAUGAUGAAUCCAGCGCAGAUAACAGCAGCAAAAACGAAAGCAAAAUCACAAAUAAUUCUAAUUUAGUUAAAGGAGGGCAGCCUGGUGUGUUGCUCAAUGGCUUUGGUGAAAAAUUCAAAGAUUUGGAAGGCAGCUCAGAAGAGAUACAGCGGACGAAAGAGACCCCUCGUAGUUUUCUCCAACAGCUUGACGCUCGGAUAAAAAGCUCCAAAAAAGAAUCUGAAAAACUAAGGUGAGUUCUGUGUGGUAAAUUUCUAGCUGUUUUUUACCUUCAACCUUUUAAAUUGUUAUUUGAAACCAUUCAGCAGAUGAAGUCAAGAAUCUGAAAGAUGGUAGAAGCAAGGUAACAUUGAUUGGGGUAGCGGGGGGAAGGGGUACAGUCGAACCUUUAUUGAGCAGCACCAUAUUAAGCGGUCACCCUCUAUUAAGCGGUCAGUUUUGAAAGUCCUGAAAAUUACUUUGCUUGAUGUAAUGCAAUUUUGACCUCUAUUAAGUGGUGGCAAUCUCCAUUAGCAAAGUCCCAAUGGGACUUUUUCCAGGGGGGGGGGGUACUGCCACAUAUGGGCUAUAUGGGUAUGUGCCGCUGUGAAGGGUAUGGUUUUCAAGCAGUUUACUCUAGGAUAGGGUAUAUAAAUCAGAGCGUUUGGGUCUAGAAUAGGGUAUCAUUUUUCGGGAAACUGAUCAGUUGGUUGAAGAUUUUAUCUAGACUGGGGAAACAGCUACUCUAGGAUAGGGGGAUUUGGGAGUUUACUCUAGUGUCGGGUAGCAAAAUUCAGCUGAACUAGCUCUGGUAUAGGUCAAGGGUUCCAGGGUCCUAGCGGCACAUCCCCACCCUGAAAUUCCUAAAGUGCUCCCCCCGGGGACUUUUUCUAUCGUCUUGACCUGUCUUUAACGGUCACAUGGCACAAUUACUUGUUCAUACAGUUUCAAAUAAUGUAACACACAAGGCACAAUAAUUGAUUUCCUUGUCUAUUUUUGCAAUGCAUUGAAAUGUUGGAAAUGAAUGCUUCUUUUUGAGGUCAUAUGUCUGCUCUUAUCAGCACUGGAGAUCGAAUUCUUUAAACUGUAUUUCUUGCAACCUGUAUUAGGCAGUCACCCUGUAUUAACCCUUUCAUGCGCAAAUUCCUGGGAAGGAAAAGGCCGCUAAAAAUACUACCAACAAAAAAUUUAUUUCUUGGCAUCAAUCUUGAUAGUAUGGUGUCAAAAAUUGACCUAGACUGUUUCGGGAUACAUUAAAUUGAAGCUAGCCUGCAUUCGGUAACAGAAAACCAAAUAUCCUAUUUUUGAGAAUUUUUUAAAAAUAAAAACUUGACAAAAAUGUGUCUCAAAAUAAUUGCCUAUAAAGUUUAUCACCACAUGGUUACUCCACACAGCAACAUACAUCAAAGCCAGUGAGAAAAAUCGAUCCAAUGUCACACAAGCUUUAUUUUGAAACCAAGAAAGCAAAAUAAACGGUGUUAAAACUAUGAAAGAAUGGCAAAAAUCUUUGACUGGUCGAUACAAAAUGGCGCUAUUUGCAUAUGUUUCUUUGUAAAAUGACCGAUUUUGCUUCGAGUUACCUUUCAAGCCUAUAAAUCCAGCACCUUUCCUGGACAGCACGACACACUUAAAAGUUCAACUGUUUGAAUCUUAAGCCUCGUAGUUCGCUGAAGAACGAUUCCCUGAAUGUUACCGCUUAAUACAGGUUCCACUGUAGUUUUUUUAUGGUACCCUAAUCUAGAAACAGACUCUUGUGUUAGCUCAACAAUAUUGUAACUAAUUGUAGUUAUUAAAGACAGUACAAAAGCAAAAAUUCCAACUCUACUUUACAUUUAAAAAAAAAGUUUCUGAUGAAAGUCUCCCAAGGUGGUCUGUCCUGAAAAGCUAUUAGCUAUUAAAUGCAUAGUUAGUGUAACAGACUAUCAGGUAAAUGUUACUGUACAAGGAAGUUACAAGCUUUUGGCUGAUCUGGUGGUUAGAAAAUGCACUAUAACUCAACUCAUGGCUUUGAUUUCGAAGUAGGAUUCAGUUCCUUUCAAUUUCAACUACAUCCUGACCUAAACUGAAUAUUUCAAGGUGUUACUUUCUUAUCAGGGCUGUGGUCUAGCAGAGCCCAGUGGCCCCUGGCACCCAACUUUUGCUCUCGGGUGACUAGAAAAUCUCAGAUUUUUCAUACAAAUCAUACGCUGGGCACCCUGGAUUUUACAGGUUCGGAGCACUAGGCUCCCUUCAAUUUUCCUUAGAGCACAGCCUUGCUUGUAUUUGUAUUUUAUUUUUUACUCCAUCCUAUAAUACAUUAGUUGUACAAUAAUACAAUAGUUGUACAAUAUUAAUAAUACAUUAGUUGUACAAUAUCAAUUGGUACAAAGUUGCUUAAACUACAUGUAAAUAAUAAUGAUAAUAAAAGAAGAAAAUUAGAAUGGAGAAGGGCACAUUAUAGUAAAACUAAUCAUGGCCCUUUAACAAGAUUGACUUUAUCCUUUUGUAGUUUUGUUAUUCAUUAAAACACAAACACGCAUGCACGCACACACACACGCACACAAGUCAAUAUUGAGCAAGAUAAUAUUUUUUAAGUGCCCUUUUGAACAGCAUUUUCGAUGAUUUAUUGCGAAUAGAAAGGGGGAGAUCGUUCCAAUAGUAUUUUCCAAUGACGGCAGGGCAAAACUUUCGAAUAUUGAUUCUUGAGUGGGGAAUGUGUAAUUGCUGAGCAGAUGCACUUCGUGUAAAAUAAUCAUGUUGCUCAGAUAGAAGAAAUAAUGGAAAAUUACAAGGCUUAUUAUCAGAGACGUAAUCAUAUAAAAACAAACAAUUGUAAAUUUUAACAAUAUCACGAAAUUUUAAUAAAUCUAGAUGAGCAUAAUGAGAGAAUAGUAAAUACUAGUUAAACAUUGAUUUCCUAGAUAACUUUUUAUCUUUGUCAUAAUAUUAAUACUCUUACUGACUUUAUCACAAACAUAGUCGAUAUGGUCAUGCCAGGAUAGGUGGCUGUCAAUAUAGAUACCUAAGAACAAAUCACUUAUACACUUACAGCAUAGUUAGUCGAGGAGACUGGUUAAUGAAAGCCAGUAAACAUCAAAGUUGAAAACAAUGCUGCUGUAGUUUAUGUUGGAAGCUCCCUGAUCAUGCACAAUUCUUUGGUUUUUGUUCACAAAUUGUGACGGAAUAAAUUAAUGCGGUGUUUCUGUUGGUCAGUAAGUUCAAAAUGAUAGGAAUGCUAUUGAACAUUGAGCACGCGUUAUCAAAAAAAGGAUCAAUUUAGGUUUCAGAUAAACUGCCCACCUACCCCUCCUCUGAGCCAACAUUAUCACUUACUUCUCACUCAGGGCAAAAUGUUGGCUCAGGGGAGGGGUAGGUGGGCAGUUUCCCAGAAAUCUAAAGUGAUCUUAAAAACAUAUAACAAAGAAGUAUGUUGGGCUUUAUAACCAUUCCACUUUAUUAUCUAUGCGUAUAGUACGAAACCAGUUAGAACUCUUUAUUCCCCAGAUUGAAGUUUUUGCUGUUCUUGCAGAACUGUCUCUGGUCCUAAAGUCAUAGCAGAUGUGGAAAAGUUAAAUGAAAGCCAUGUCGCAGAUGAUGAUUUGUUCCGACCACUUGAAAGUACAUCAUCACGCAAACACAGAGGAAAGAUACUUGCAUCAAAGAGACAUUUUAAAACGGAUAGAACUUCCCUUCAGGAAUCUGAUGAACAGUUCUUUGAGCUCUGAUGCAGUUUAAAACAUUUUUAGCUAUCAGAUUCUGCGGUAUUCUUGUGGAAGUCCUUUUACUGCAGUGACAGGGAUGACAAUACAUGUAUGAUAUAAUUUAUUAUUAUCUCAUGAUUUGGAAGGAAUCAUUUGAGUUGCUAAUAGCAGUGAAUGAACACCUGCUAAAAUGUCAUGAAUGAAUCUGAUGUCCAUACAUUGAAGAAUUGAGUGUUCUUUGGGUUGACAGAAGUGACGUGUAAAUGCAAGUUUUAGAUUAAUUUUUAGAAAACAUAAAUUAUUGAAUGUUCCCAAUCAGAGUUCCUUUUUCCCAGGACUGAGUGGGACUCAGAAUAUUUUUUAUAUCACCAAAAAAUCAAAUCCAAACUUUUGACAGUGACCACUAAGCAGGAGCAGAUUCAGGAAUUUUGGGAUUGUAAGUGGAAGCCCGCUUGUUUGUACUCUUCAUAAGUUUCAUCCUUUCUUGUAGCUAAGUGCUACCUAUUAUUCUGUACCAGACAACUUCAAUUAUCUAGACCCUUGUAAUUAUGAUACUUUUAGUAAUGUUGAAAUUGUAUCCGUAAAUGAAUGCAGCUUUGAAACAUUCUUUCUUUGUAAUUAUUGAUAAAUUUUUGCACGUGUCAUCAGCCGGAACAAGCCUUCAGACCCUUGUAAAAAGGUAUAACCAAAGCCUUAGGCCCUGUCCACACUAAUGCGUUUUCGUUGUCAUCGAAAACGCAUCGAUCGAAUAGUGUCCACACUUCCGUUUUGAUGCGUUUUUGACUGUCAACACUAAAAUGUUAGAAAACGAUAGAAUUGCACGUUGUGACGUAAUUUGAACUCUAUGCGCAUGCUCUAAUUUUUCACACGCACCUGCGAUAUUUUCGGUCAUCGUUUUUAUUUUGAUGCGUUUUCGACCGUCUCGCGUUUUCGUUUUGAUCCACUCUCAAGAGCGUUUUCUAAUCGAUGCGUUUUCGAUGAAAACGCUAAGCGUAUUGGUGUGGAUGGAAGGCCUAAACGCAUCGAAAUGUAUGCGUUUUCAAACUUCAAUUUGUGAUUGAAUGGGCAACCUAGGUGAAAGAUGAGACUAUGAGUUAAUCACUCCCUUCUCCUGGAUCCGCUAUACAACAUAAAUUCAGAACAUACCCCUCUCUUGUAAUGAACAUUAUGUAAAGUUCUGUAAUAUAAUAGAAUUAUUGAA